CAUGAUUCACUGUGUGGUGUCUCUGUGUACCGCCGCGAUUGUAAACGCAAUCCCCGUGCAUCUCUAUUUCAGUGGGGUUUGAGUAUUUGUGUGCGCUGCUGUUCUCCUGUACACGCUUGCGCCGUAGGCAUCACCACCAACCUGCUUUCCUACUAAAUGCAUACCCUGAACGCAGACUGAGCGAGUGCGCGCGUCGUCGGAUGCUGUGCAGGUUGAAAGACGCGCGCACGACCGGAGAUAAGACGAAGAGGUCUUAAUAGAUGGUUGACAUAAAAAUCGCUCGUUUGCACGGUACGGAGAUGUGUAGGUUAAAGUGAUGCGCAAUGUCACACCUUCAGUCUCUCCCGAGUGGUGCUGAUGCUGGCGUCUAUGCAGUGAAAUGUUUGGCCCCAUCUGACCCGGCACCAAUUUGGAGUUGAGCUGCUUUGUCCUCCUCCUGAUCUUGAACCCCAGCCAUCAUUUUUGGGGAGCAGUCACAAACUCAUCUACCUCCACAUCUCUCUGUACCCAUCUGUCAUCCACAGAAGAUAGAUGAGACUGAGAGGUUAAUCUGAACUGAGUGGAGCCCAGACUGGGUGAAGGAAUGCUCUGUGUGUAGAUCCUCACCUGUUCCAACCAUGAGCCACCAGGAGGCGCCACAUGGCCAGGAGUUGAGAGAGGCAACUGAGGGCGACCUGGAGCGCGACCUGGAGCGCAGGGGCCCCGAGGGCCAGCAGCCUUCCUCAUCCCACCGCAGACGCCACGACAACGGAGAUGGUGGCUCCCGAUCCAGUCGUACCCGCAACCACCACAGCAACCACGGUACGGAAAAUAACCACUACCAGUCCCAACAGCAGGGGGCCCCGCGGUACCGCAGGUACGAGGGAUCUAACGGAGGGACGAACCGUACGCGUCCUGCGAGAAGACAGACGGAGGAAAGCAACGUGGAGCAGCAGCACAUACCGCGACCUGCAGUGACGCGCUACCGCAGACAGGGGGACAAUGAGGCCCGGCUCCGGGCGCAGCAGCAGAGACAGAAGCAGCGAGAGAGACAGCAGAGAGACACGGAGAGAGCCGAACAACAGAGGUUGGAGCAUCAGCAGCAUCUAACCUCACCUACUCAGCCUUCCCCCCGAGAGCCAGAGGAAGCUGAGGAGGAUACGGGGGAAGGAGGUGGUGCGUUGGAACGAUCCGCAAGCACUGAGAGCGGCUUUCACAACCACACGGACCGGGCGGAAGGAGAUGCAGUUAUGGCCAUGGAAGCCGAGCCGGAGGACGAAAGCACGUACGGCGUACCGCUGCGCCCCGAAGCAGAGGAGUACACGGAGAGCGCAGAGUCUGAGCAACAGCACGGUGGUCCAGCUUACCCCCAGCACCAGUACCCACCUCAGCCUCCACCGCUACCCCGAGAGCCGCUGCCCAAUGCUGAGAGACCACAGGUACAAGAUGCAGAGAUGCUAAACCCCAACUACUCCAAUUAUGUUUACACUCAGCCCGUGUACCGCAGUCCCACAGGGGUGGGAGAGGCCUGCGAGGGUGGAGCAGCAGAAGACGAGGCCUACUCCGAGCCUUACACCGAAUACCCCCUCCAGGAGCACGUUUAUGAAGAAAUAUCAGACACCCCUUCGGCCAAAGCUGAGGGACAGACGCCUCAGCAGAGGAAGGCGGAAUUCAGGCUCUUCGAGCGAGACUUGUACCAGCAGCAAGAGGCUGUCGGUUCCAGGCUCCACCACUACGACGAACGAUCUGACGGGGAAUCGGACAGCCCGGAGAAGGAAGCGGAGUUCGCUCCAUACCCCCGUGCCGACAGCUGCGAGCAGGAUGAGGACAUUGACCAAAUUGUGGCAGAGGUGAAGGAGAGUCUGAGCUCGCAGAGUCUGGAGCGUGUUGCCAUGGGUCUAGACAAUGACGGGGAGGAGGAAGUCGAGUGGCCCGAGUCUGAGCAAACAGAGGAGGUCAAACCCUCAGAGCCAGAGAGUGAAGGAGAGGUCAGGGAGAAUCCUCUCAGAAGCCCCUCAGAGGAGUCGACUCCGGUGAGGAGCAGUCGUGAAAAAAGAGAUGCAAUCUCACUAGCUAUUAAAGACAUCAAAGAGGCAAUAGAGGAGGUGAAGACAAGGACUGUUCGCUCACCCUACACGCCCGACGAGCCUAAAGAACCAGUCUGGGUAAUGAGGCAAGACCUGAGUCCCACAGCUGAAUCUGACAUGCAGCCGUCUCCGGGGGCCGAUUCUCCGGGCUCCAGCUCCACCUCCCCGCAGGGGGCGGAGUCCUCCAGUCGUCACCUGCCGUCACAUGAGGGGAGUGACAGCUUUGAGUCUCCGUCUCCAGCUAGUAAAGAGUCAAGGAAAAGUCUCGCUUCAUUUCCAACAUAUGUGGAAGUACCAGGACCGUGUGAUCCAGAGGACCUCAUAGAUGGGAUUAUUUUUGCUGCUAACUACCUGGGAUCCACCCAGCUGCUCUCAGACAAGACGCCGUCCAAAAACGUGCGCAUGAUGCAGGCGCAGGAGGCUGUGAGUCGCAUUAAGCAGACGGCCCAGAAAUUAGCCAAAAACAGGAAGAAGGCUCCUGAAGGUGAAGCUCAGCCCAUGACAGAGGUGGAUCUCUUCAUCUCCACACAGAGGAUCAAAGUUCUCAAUGCAGAUUCACAGGAGACCAUGAUGGAUCAUCCUUUAAGGACCAUCUCAUACAUCGCUGACAUCGGGAACAUAGUGGUACUGAUGGCAAGGAGGAGAAUGGCACGCUCCGACUCACAGGAGAACAUGGAUGCGUCGGAUCCUGCCCAGGAUGAGAAGCGCCAAUAUAAGAUGAUCUGCCACGUGUUUGAAUCUGAAGAUGCUCAGCUCAUCGCACAAUCCAUUGGCCAGGCCUUCAGUGUCGCCUACCAGGAGUUUCUACGUGCCAACGGCAUCAACCCAGAAGAUCUGAGCCAGAAAGAGUACAGCGAUCUUCUCAACACGCAGGACAUGUACAACGAUGACCUCAUUCACUUCUCCAAGUCUGAAAACUGCAAAGAUGUUUACAUAGAAAAGCAGAAGGGGGAAAUUCUGGGCCUGGUGAUCGUGGAGUCGGGCUGGGGUUCAAUCCUGCCUACAGUUAUCAUCGCAAACAUGAUGCACGGCGGCCCGGCGGAGAAAUCUGGAAGGUUGAACAUUGGGGAUCAGAUUAUGUCUAUCAACGGCACUAGCCUGGUGGGAUUACCUCUCUCCACCUGUCAGAGCAUUAUUAAGGGAUUGAAAACCCAAUCUAGAAUAAAGUUGAAUAUCGUCAGAUGUCCACCUGUCACCACCGUUCUCAUCAGAAGACCAGAUCUGAGAUAUCAACUGGGCUUUAGUGUGCAGAAUGGAAUUAUCUGCAGUCUCAUGAGAGGAGGGAUAGCGGAGCGCGGCGGGGUUCGGGUCGGCCACCGGAUCAUCGAAAUCAAUAGUCAGAGCGUGGUGGCCACCCCUCAUGAGAAGAUUGUACACAUUCUGUCAAAUGCAGUUGGCGAGAUUCACAUGAAGACUAUGCCGGCCGCCAUGUAUCGCUUGUUAACAGCACAGGAGCAACCGGUUUACAUCUAAAACAGCGCUGGAUCAAGUCACCAGAUAUAACCUUAAACAUGAUGUGAAACUCUUGAGUCGGGUGAAACUCGGCUCUCCAUGAAUCUUCGGUUUCUCCUCGCUGCCUCCCAUCAUCUCCUCAUCUCAUCUUUUUUCUGUUUCUGUGAGUGAGCAUGCUGUGCUGUGCUGUGUCCUCUUUCUCUCUUUUUCUCGUUCUCUCUCUCUCUCUUUGUGCACCCGGCUCAGUCGGUGAAUGGAAAAGAUGGAAGUUAACCGAAACAUUUUAAAGCACAGCGCAGCAAAUCAUUACUAUUAAAACCAAAUUUCUGCUCACAGUGGAAAAGGAGUUUGCCUUACUGUACUUUAAUGCUGUUAUUUAUUUCAGCCAGGCAGCCAUCAAGUGUUUCAACUGGAGUAUAGAGAAGUAUGUUGUUUAAGGCAUU